AAGUAUGUGAAAUAUCUACUAUCUAUAAAAAUCUCACAUUUUAAACAGCGUGACUGUAACUAACUCGUGUGACUGUCCUUUCACCUGCAAGGCAACGAAAAGGGCAUCACUGACCAAAUGAUGUGAUUUGUUAAAGGACUAUUUCCGGGUCUUGGCCCCGCCCCUUCAAAACAAAGCACACACACACACACACACCCUCGGCAUUAGCCGGUCGGGAACCAGAGAAGACCUCUGUCCGUGGAGUUCCUACCUCGGCAGACAUGGCCCAGGCGAACAUCUCCGUGACGGAGAGCCAGUUCAGGUGUCCCAUCUGCCUGGACAUCCUGAAAGACCCGGUGUCCAUCCCCUGUGGACACACGUACUGCAUGGCGUGCAUCAACAAUUACUGGGACCAAGCGGAGUCGGGGCAGAUCAGCUGCCCCCAGUGCCGGGAGGCGUUCAGCCCGCGGCCGGUGCUGCGGAGGAACACGGUGCUCGCCGAGGUGGUGGAGAAGCUGAAGCUGAGCGAACUGACCGCAGCGCCGGAACUCUACUUGGUGGGAGUCGGGCAGGUGCCGUGCGACUUUUGCCCAGUGGAGGGCAAGCUCCGGGCGGUGAAGUCAUGCCUCGUCUGCCUGGCGUCGUUCUGCGAGCUCCACGUUCUUCCGCACCGCGAGGUCGGCACGCUGCGGCGGCACAAGCUAGUGGCCGCCGUGGAGAGUCUGGCGGACCGGCUGUGCGCCCAGCACCGGCUGGGUCUGGAGCCCUCGGGGAGCGGCUCCGAGUCUGAGGCUGCGGUGGAGUGGAGCGGCGACUGUUUACUUUGUGAGGCCGACCAGGAGGAGGCGCACAAUGUUGACGCCCAGAGAGUCAGGAGACAGCUUCAGCUGCAGGACUAUCAGAGAAUGAUUCAGGGCAGGAUCCGGAGUGGAGAGAGAGAGAUAGAGGAGUUUCAGCAGAGUUUAGAAUCCCUCAAGGUAUCGGCGUCGGCCGUUCUAGAGGACAGUGAAGCUCUGUUUGCAGACAUGGCAGUUCGCCUCGAGAAAACCAAAGCAGAGGUUCGAACCAGGUUGGAGGCAAAGGAGCGGGCGCUGGUUGGUCGAGCUGAACGUGAUGUAGAGAUGUUGGAGAGAGAUGUGGACGAGCUGAAGAGGAGAGACGAGGAGAUCGCUCAGCUGAUGCAAGUGGAGGACAACGCACAUUUCUUCCAGGCGGCUCCGCUCUUGUGCGUCCCUCUCUCCACUGGCUCACACUCCAGAGCUCUCAGUCUGCCCACGGAGGCCUUCAGCGGAGCCAGGAGAGUGCUGUGCCACUUUCGCAGUCGAAUGGAAGAAGUUUGCAGAGAGGAGGUGGACAAGAUCAGCCGCUCAGUCAAUGAGAACUACGUGUCUGGUGGAGAGUGUGUAAAAGGUGACAGAAAUCUGUUUGCAGAGAACACCAAACCUCAGCAAAUGCAGCCACCUGCAGGUCAGCCUGAGACCACCAGGGCUGUGCCAGUGUCCUUCCCUCUGUCCUCCCUGUCUCUGCAGCCGGCAGAUCAGAGGAUGAGGGCGUCUUUCCUCAGGUAUUCAUGUCGUCUCUCCCUGGACCCUGACACUGCGCACCCCACUCUGAUCCUCCUGGAGGGGCCUCAGGGUGCCCACUGUGGGGAGGAGCCCCAGUCUUACCCGCCUCACACACACCGCUUUGAUUCGGUGGCCCAGGUCCUGUGCAGGGAAGGCCAGUUUACCGGUGCCAGUUACUGGGAGGUGGAGUGGAGGGGUGGGGGUUGGAUCGACAUCGGCGUCACUUAUCGAGGUAUCGGACGCAAAGGCGGGGGGAAACCGUGCCUGCUGGGACGCAAUGAGAACUCCUGGCGACUGAGGUGUACACACGCAGGCUACGCCGCCUGGCACGACAACCGUAAGACCACGGUGGCCGCACCGCCGUGCCCAAGGAUCGGCGUGUUCCUGGAACGCCAGAAAGGAGUGAUAUCCUUCUACAGUGUGUCGGACGCCGUGGUGCUACUGCACACGUUUCGUUGCCUGUUCUCGCAGCCGCUGUACCCGGCGUUCCGUCUGGACCUGGACUCUACCCUUCACAUCUGUCCCCAGGAGGGAGGCGGUGGAAACCAGAACUAAGUCCAUAAAAACCUCCGUCCUCGUCCACAACAGGAGGAAUCUGUGUGAGAAAACUCUACGUCAUCACUGAUCUGGAGUCACAUGGGUCUCUGUCUCAGGACUCUGACUGUAGCUCUCUCUCUCUCUCUCUCUCUCUCCCUCCCUCCAAGUGCCACUAAACCAAAAUAAUCACAUUGUGUAAAAUCCCAGUGUAGGUGGAAGCCAUUAGAAACACCUUGUUUGUGAACUUAUGUCCAAAUGCAACAGUAGACAAAACCAAAAAAUGUCCAUCAUCCUUGUUCUGACUUUUGUUUUGUUUUUUUACCAAAUAUUUUUUUGAAGAACAAGACAAAAAAAAAAAUCAGUUCAUCAGUUGCUGGGUAGAACUCGUCUAUCAUGGACUUUAAAAAAAAAGUCUCAGCCCAAAACAACUUAAUAUAACCAUACAAAUUUCUAACAAUAACAGCAACAUUCUAAUAAAGACAACCACAUUUUUUCUUUAUUUUAAAACUUUAAUUACUUCCCAAAAAU